AUGACGCGCUCGACGGAAAGCGACGGGCUGACCGGUUCUGUGCCACUCUUCGUCCCUAUCCUGCUGCCGAAGAUCACGUCGAUCUCCCACGAGGCGUUGGUGAAGUGGCAGCGCGACCGGCGCGACUACGAGACCAAGCUGUGCUCCCGCUGCCGUAUCUCGGGCGAAGACUACGACAUCGUCGCCGAGUCCAUCAAGGAGGCAUUCGACGAGGAUCUACUGGAGGUUUUCUGCGAGCUCCAGCUGGACACGACCCCCGCCGCUGUAACCGACACCAUUCUCCUGGCAGAGAUCGAGCGCAUUGUCGACAGUGUCAAGAACGACGCGCCGCCGGAUAUCAAGGAGCUGUUCAAGCGCGAGCUGCGCAUGAACAUGAGCGAGAGCGACGUGACCGCCCGAGUGCUGGACUACUUUAUCCUGUUCAACUAG